AUGGCAGGUCUCAAACUCAAAAAGCGAGCUCGUUCUAGAUCGCCCGAACGCGACACCGAUAAAACUUACCGCAAAAGAUCUCAAUCACCUAGAAGAGACAGAAAGAGAUCACCAGUUCGAGAACGGCGGCGCGAACGCGAACGAGAACCGGAACGAGAACGAAGACCUUCGCCUCCAAGAGCUGCUGCAGAUGAAAAUGAUUUGGAUAUAGCUGGGAAGUUCGGCACUUCUUCUACUGCCAAAGCACAGAAGAAAGAUGAACAGUCGUUGAAAGAUACCGAAACACCAGAGGAGGAGGAUACACUCGACAUAGCUAGCAAAUUCGGCGCAUCAGCAUUUUCGAAAUUCAAAGCUUCCUCCGCCUCUUCCUCUUCCUCCAAACCCAAAACCCAAUCAUCGGAUUCUGCGAAUCCUCCUGUUAGACCUCCCGCGGCACCAAUCUCUACAGCGGUUUCUGCUUCAGCGGCGCCGUCGAAUGAACCGAUGAUUAUUGUACAUGUUAAUGAUCGUUUGGGUACUAAGGCGGCAAUCCCAUGUUUAGCGAGUGACCCGAUUCGACUUUUUAAAGCGCAGGUGGCGGCGAGGAUUGGGAGGCAGCCGCAUGAGAUUAUGUUGAAGAGGCAGGGGGAGAGACCUUUCAAGGAUAAGUUGACGCUGGAGGAUUAUGGGGUGGGUAAUGGGGUGCAGAUUGAUUUGGAGAUUGAUACUGGAGAGUGA